AUGGAAGGGGAAGGGGCAGCUAGUGUGGAGGAGCUCAAAGGGGAGCUAAAGGUGGAGCGAGAGCGGCGUAUUGAGCUCGAAACUCGGAUCGGCGAGUUGCUUGGCAGGGAGGAGGCCGAAGCCAACCUGGUAAAGCGAAUAGCUAGCGAGCUACAAGAAGAACGGGAAAAGCGGGCCGUGUUGGAAGAGCGGGUGGAGGCGCUAAUGGCACAGGCGGCGCGUAAUCCCGGAUCGGAGCUGCGUCAGGCGGGCGUCAUGGACAGCGCGGGGUCUCAGGCAGAGGCAUCCGGCGGCAACACGGUGGUUCCAGAACGCUACAGCGAGGUAGCGCGGCAGGCUUCGGGUGGGACUGGACGAGCGGCAGGGAGCCCGUCGCUGCGUGUCAGUGGCGCACGGCGGGAGGAGAACCAGCUAGCGCGAACUGGAGGACAGCAAUCGCAGGCGGGAGGCGAACGUGUAGAGCGAAGGGUCCUGGUGGUGGGGAACUCCAACGUAGCGAGGGUUGAGGAGGGCGUCCUUACAACAGUGAAGGCAGACGGGCGGGUGAGGGUGGAGGCCCAGUCAGGGAAGUGCAUGGUGGACGCAAUGGCAAAAGCUCAGAAGGUGGUAUGGGACAACAUGGAGCAUGAAAAUCUGGUUGUUAUUCAUGCUGGUCUCAACGAUGUGCUGAAGGGAAGGAGCCAGAACCUGAAGAGACAGUUAGAGGUUGGGUUGAGUAAACUCAGAGAAGCCUCUGCGAAGGUGCAUGUGACCUAAUGAGCAAUCCCAGAGGGCCAGGCUAGCGGGAUGGAACGGAGUGUGGUUGAGGCUAACCGGGUUAUUAGGGGUCUGAGCCGACCAGUUGGGUACGGCGUAAUGUACGUAAACCGGGACGUGUACGAGUCUGGCUCCCACCCUUUUGCACAGGAUGGCAUUCACUACAGUGGUGCCACGGGCAAGAGGGUAGGUAGUAGGAUAGGGCGCCAAGCUGCGGCUUUUUUGGGGGGACCCAGAGCCCUGAGGCCACCAGUGUAGACGAAGACGGACCCAGAGAUGCCCCAAGAUUCAAGAAACGUAGAGUCGGUAGGAGGAGAAAUAGA